UAUCCGUGACGUAAUCAACAAGCGACUACAUCUUGGAUUGAUGUUUCUUCAUAUCGUGCUCAGAAACGGUUUAUUUUACCGACAAGGAGACCAGGGUGGUGGUGUAACUCCAAGCAGAGUCCAGAUACCGCUGAGGAACUCUGCCAGGUUGUAGUCUAAUAUUUUGGUGAUGACCUUUAUUGUGGGAAAAGCUUGAGAACGACAACUUUUGCAUGCAGCAAGGGUACUUUACAGAAGAAUAUCUGAAACAAAGUGUCAGCAGAAAAACUAAAGAAUGAACAAGCCAUAAGUGUAAAAAUCUAGAGGACCAAAGGGGAGGAGAGGACAGGGGGUGAGGAGAGGGGUGUUGGGGAUGGGGUUGAAGAGCCAAAGGAGGACGUCAUGGUUCACAGCGGCUCUGCUUCCCCAAUGAAAACAACACUGUCAGCAUCACCUCAUUUAACUCUUCCUGCUACAGCACCGCCUCGGCAAGUAGCACCUCCACUGGUGCCUCCCCUGGGAGAUACUACUGGUCAGGACCAGACCCCUGCAAAACUUCUCACCACAGACUUGACUUCCAACUCUAACUCAGCGCAUCCUUCUACUCCAUCUCUUGCUGAUGCAGAAGCUCACGUUGUAACCCUAGCAAAAGCACUUACAACAAACUCGGGCCCAGCAUCAGCCCGGUCCUCUACGCAGACACCAAUCCCUACUCAUGUCCAGUUCAAUGGCCGUACAUCAAGCAGGAAGAGGACUCCCAAGGCCUGCGACUGCUGUGGACCCAACAGUACAGGGCACAAUGUCAGAACCUCAGGCAGAGGAAGGGGGAGAGGGAGAGGUAGGGGGGCUGGCGGUCACUUUGGGGACACCCCAAAAAGAAGACUGGGGGGCCAGCUGACACGUAUCAGGAGCUUUGACCUGACCAAGGAGAUAGCAGAGGAUGAAGAUGACACCUCUGAGAAGAUGCAAAAGACUGUAGUAGUGGCUGAUACUCAGUCACGAACCCCUGUUUCCCGAGUGGUCACAUCACUGCAGGGUGGACUGUUACCGAACUGUGGUGCUCUAGACAAAGGGGAUAUACAGAAAAAUGAAGACGCAUUGAUAGGGGGGUCAGGGGUUGCUGGUGCAGUAGUGAAAGGAGCUGGAAAUAGCAUGGAUGUGGAGAUGAGGUUGUCAGGAAUGGCAGGCAGGGGAGCAUUAGUGGUUAGAAGGAGAGGGAGGGGAGUGAGGAGAGCUACGAUCGCAUCAAAAAUGAAAGUAGAAGGUGAUAUAACGGGGGGGGAUGGAGGUGGUGUUAUCAGCUCUGAAAAUGAUGCCGUAGCUCGAUCACAGGUAGCGCAGAAGCAGGAGGAGAGUAGAAAUGCACAGAUGGAUCAUGGAGAGCAAACGGAUUCCAUCAUGGUCAGAUCUCCGUUUGGAAAUGGAGACACGGUAGACCUAUCAGACACUGAACCUGAAGGAGAGGCAAAGGAGGACAACAUUAUCAUGUGUGAAACAGGAAAUGAACUACUAUCCAUCUCACAACAGUUAGGUCCUGCUUCAAGGUCAGAAACUCUCCAGGACCCUGACUCUGAGAUGCAGGAGGACCAAAUCCCUGACACAGCAGACCAAGCUUCUUUACCAGUAACUCUGCCCAAUGGAAACAUCACCACACCAACAGACCAUAACCGCAGCUCCACGCCCAUGGAAGUGGGAACUUCUCAUCCAUCCAUGGUCUCUCCUCCAAACCAGUGUCCUAUUACAGUGUGCAGCUUGCAGCACCACUGGGCAUUAAGAGACCACAUGCUAUACUGUCACAUCGGAACCUGGAAGGAAGACAUGUCAGGUAAGGAUCAGUCAGAAGACACCAAGACGGAUGGAAAGACUCACAGUGUAGAGAGCCUGGAGCAGCUCACUGAUUUGGUCCACGGUAAGUUGUUUUGGGAGCAUACACCUCUCAGUGAGACGGAUGUCCUAGAAUAUCUGAGGAACAAAGGCAACUCUGACCUCAGCAACAGGGGGCUUGACAUUAAAGGGGAGAUGACUCGGUACAGGGCAGGGCUGGCCUCUGCUCCUAUCGCAGGCUUCAUGGUGAUGUAUAACAAACACACCCUGAGCUUGGAGGACCUCGGGACACUGGAAGAGCAGAACUGGCUUAAUGACCAGAUUAUCAACAUGUAUGGAGAGCUCAUUAUGGAAGCAACACAGCACAAGGUUCAUUUUUUCAACAGCUUUUUCCACAAGCAGCUGGUUGCCAAGGGCUAUGAUGGUGUGAAGAGAUGGACGAAAAAAGUAGACCUGUUCUCCAAGUGGUUGUUACUAAUUCCCAUCCAUUUGGAAAUCCACUGGUCUCUCGUCACGGUCACCAUGGCAACCAAAACCAUCAGCUAUUAUGACAGCCAAGGGAUUGUUUUUAGACACACCACAGAUAACAUCAUGAAAUACCUUCAGUCUGAAGCUAGAGAGAAGAAACAGACGGCUUUCCAGAAAGGUUGGAAGAUUACUAUCAUCAAGGGUAUUCCACAGCAGAAAAAUGACAGCGACUGUGGAGUGUUUGUCCUUGAGUACUGCCGCCGUCUCUCCAUAAAGCAGCCUCUGCAAUUCACUCAGGAGGACAUGCCUCACAUCCGCAAGAGAAUCUAUAAGGAGCUGUGUGACUGUCGCCUUAACGAUUGAACAACUCAGUAUUGGCCUCCUUUGCUCAUGAACUGUUUGCCUAGUUACAUGGGAUGGUCUCACUCAGUCAGACGGCCUGUUUCACUGGCCGCCUGUUACAUAAGCUAACACAACAUGGCUAUCUAUAUUCCGAGGAGCCUGAACUGCCAGUCUGCCUGUAUGACAGACAGCAGAGCGGCUGUCAUGUGGGACUUUUUGUGACCUCAGUAAGAGUCUGUAGCUGAGCAGGUUUUUACUUGCAAAGUUUCAAAGAACUACUGAUGUGGCCCCCUACUGACCCUUGAAUGCUGGACUUGUACCCUUUGUGUUCUGCAAUUACCAUCUCCACUGGAUUUUAACCGAAUGGCCAAACAGUCACCGUUAAGAACACAGCAGGGAGCUUGGACCUUGGACCUUGACUGAGGACACAGGUGUCAGACCAGCCUGAACCGAUGGGCUGGACUUUCCCCUCCCCGAUGGAGUGGCCUUAAAUCCCGGACGGCCAUUUUGAACUGAGUGACAUUUUUAACAGUUAAUUUGAUGCUGGUCUCAGCAGCAGUAAUACGCUUAUAGUUCUGUGUUUUGUAACAUGUUAUUAAAACUAGGAUGUGAGAUCCAGUGGACCAACUGGUCACUUAAAACUUGAAGGUUUGAGUUGGUUUCCUUCUCUCGGACUACAGAUAUUUGCACGGUCAGAGGCCAAUUUACUGAAGAGUCUAGAAUAGCCUUUGAAU